UUCACUGGGCGGAGCUAAAGACUUCAUGAAACACAACAGCGCAAAAAAAAAAAAAAAAGCGCUCAAAGAAGUAGCGGAGGGCAGGAAUUCAAACGAUGCAGAUGUCUCGUCAGUGAGUUAAUGCACCUUAGAAUCUAGUCCAAUGGAUGUGAACGCAAGAAAAGAAAAUCCCACUGUUCCCGGUUCUUAAGUGGACGCAGUGGACAAGUUAAAAAAAAAAGUCAACGAUGUCUGUAGUCAGCACCGACUUCAGUUAGUCACCAUGAAUCCUGUCGCUUUGAACGAGGCGUGUAUGAACUAUGCACCGGAGCUAAGACGGUGAUCUAAUCGCAGCUUUAAGCUGUCCUGCUCACGAAAGGUUUUGCGCAUAGCAGGGCACCUUCAAGAAACACGCAUGUGAGAAUCGUUUUCUUCGGACGGUUUCUGGAAUUAUAUUACCAUGGAGAGCCACACGGACGUUUUACUAGUCGCUGCAAAUGUCGGAUCAUUAUUUGACAACGUUGGUGAAAUCCAGAGCGAUUGGCUUCGGGAAUUCUUUGCGACCGUCCACAGGUACAAGCCUUGCUUCAUGGCCUUGCAUUUCCAGGAGGUGGGCGGGAAGGACUACAUGGUCAACAUGGCACAUGCAGAGAGCUUCUUUGGGACAAUCGAGACCAGCUCAGAAAUGAAGGACUUUGACAGAGUGUCUAUCUAUGUAGACAGCCAUUUCAAGGCAGAAGACAACUUCACGGCUCUGGGCAGUAUGUACUUCAUCCACAAGUCCCUGAAGAACAUACAGCAAUACGACUUCUGUGCAAAGGAGUUUAAAUCUGUCUUAGGGCGGAAUAAGUACAUGGGCUCCCUGGAAGGAGUCACCACCGUGGAGAAAGAAAAAUUCCCCAAGAAUUUUUGGCCUGAUAUCAAGUGGUCACGAAAAGGCUACAUGAGGACACGGUGGAUUAUUCACAACCAGGGCCUGGACCUGGUGAAUGUGCACCUCUUUCACGAUGCUUCCAACCUCAUAGCUUGCAACUCCAGUCCGUCUGUCUACUCCACGUACCGGCAGAGAGCGCUUCGCUAUGUCAUUAACAGGGUGUCAGACAGCUGCUAUAGCACUCUGCCUUUCUUCCUGUUUGGAGAUUUUAACUUUCGCCUCGACACACUAAGCCUUGUACAGAACCUGUCCACAUCUGCUGAAGUGCAGACAGUGAAGGACAGCAGUAAUGAGGUGGAGAAAAUCAUCUAUGAGAAGAAAGACAACGACCACAAGCAGGUCCUUCUCCACAUAGAGACUAAGCUAUUUGCCUACCUCCACGAGGCAGACUUCAGAGAGAACAACGGGAGAGAGCUCCUAAAGUACGACAAGGAGGUAGCAGCGUUCCACGACGUCAUCACAGAAGAGGAGAUCCUGUUCCCCCCCAGUUACCCCUACAGUGAAGACUACACUAAACCCACUCAGUACAUGAACACACGCUGCCCAUCCUGGUGCGACCGCAUCCUCAUGUCCCACAGUGCGCGGGACCUCAUCCAGACGAAAGAAGAUGGAGAUAGAAAUGUUGUCUAUAACACGCUGGGCCCGAAUGUCUGUAUGGGAGACCACAAGCCUGUGUUCGUGUAUUUUGCACUGAAGGCCAUUGCCCACUGACACAAAAAACAGACCCAUUAGACGGCCUGUUGGUGUUUUCUCAAGCCUCCUGGAGACCUGGCACCUGCCCUCACGGAUUACAUAGUUCUCAGUGUCUCAGCGGCGUCGUAACUCAGACAUUUUUUGGAUCAAUAGAAUUUGUGUGCAGUGACCACACGGGACGAACUGGAAAGCCACGCAUGCUAUGUGAAAUAUGGAAAUCCCGCCCAGAGCAGGCCAGGCUGACGGGCCCUCAGACUUUUAAUUAGAGCUUGAGCGUGGCAACGAAUGCUAAAAACAACUGCCACACUUAGGGACUCACUUGCUGUUCAGAUAUCAGUGUGAUAUAUGCACACACCCUGCAUCUCCUGAGUGUCAAAAAAAAUCAAAAUCUUAUCUUUUUGAUGUGUCUUGGUUAUGUAUAAGAUUGAGGACAUAGUGAAAACAAACAACAAAUUGCGGUUGCCAUGAUGAGCAACUGAAAUGUCAGUUUAGCCACCGUCUUGGUUAUUCUCUAGGAUUUAUUAGGUGAGGAAUUACUUUUCUUAGAAUUAAGCAACUUUUUUGACAUAGAAUGGAAUCCUUUGUCAGCUGAUUACUGAGUAAUAUUGCUUCUUAAAUGUGUAGUUGCUCAGCCACCAAAAUAUAGACACCUAUACAGAGACACCCACACACAGAUGCUUAUAACAGAUGUUUAAUACACAGUCUUCAAUACCUCACUUCAGUAUUUGACUUCACAGUACUUCAAUACUUGUCAGUGGUCUGUUGGAAAAGCACGUUACGUUAGUGUCCCACAAAUAAUGCACACAAAUGACGCUUACUAUGUAUUCCAUUAUGUUACUUUGCAAUUACCCAUUAUAAAGUGUGAUUUGUUUCAG